UAACACUGGUUAAGGAAAAAACAAAAUUAAAAAACUAAUAUGCUUUGUGCUGGAAAUUAACGAUAAAGAUCUCCGGAAAGCAUAUUUUCCAAUAACUAAAAACUAAGACGACCGCAAACACACAAAAGGGAUUCACAUCCCCAUUGUUUAUGUGACCCGAAGAGUGCGAUGGAAGAUCCGGAGGACUACGACCUGAACUUUGUGCAAUUGAGUCGCCAGCAGGUCUUGCAGCGAUAUUCCGGUGCAGUGCGUCAACUGCGCCGCCUGGCAGAUCAACAAUAUGGGGUCCGAUCUCUGAGCUUCGACAACUAUGUGCUGUUCCAGUAUUUCCGACAGCGCAACUGGCAGACGGGCGUCACACCUCCCGCCCCUUUGAUGGCCUACCUCAAGCUGGAGGUACUGCACCAUCUAUUGGACAGGCGACGCCAGAUUCUGUGUUGGUUGUUCUAUUUGACACUAGUGUCCCUCUGUGUGGCUGCCUACCGAUAUGAGACGACCAGCUCCACCGGUGGACACCAGGAGCGCGUGGUCCAAGCCAUGGUCUAUCCCGGGAUGCGAAUGUGGAGACGGAUGACCAUGCCGCUGAUCCAACGAUUUCCACAACUUACCGAGCUCUACGACGAGUCCUGUUUGAUGGGCAAUCCGUUUUUCCAGCUAGAGGAUCUUAGCUGUGGUCCAUGUGCCGAUGUGGAGAGCGUCUGGCUUGAGGGUGAGGAGUGCGAAGAUGGCCAGCCGCCCGAAAACCACCAGAAGUGCCAUCAGCCGGAGGGCUCGCCCUAUGCCUUCCGAAGCAGCCAGCAGGAGGCCAUUGAUUUAAGCCAGUUUUACAACAUCUAUGCCAGCAAUCAUCAGAUCUUCCAGCGCGAUGCUUACCGUGUGCAUUCCACCAACCAGGAUGUGCACAAUCUCGAGGAUCUCUUUGGGCAGUUCAACAGCAGCUGGACCCAGCAGGCGCACAAUCUUUGGCGCUGCAAUCGAAUGCUGCCCGCUCGACUUUUGCGGCCCAUUUUCGCCCGGCCAACCCGUUUGCCCAGCAUGGGCGUGGCCUUGGAGCGUUAUGUGGCCAUCGAUACUGCCCAGGCACCGGCCUACACUUUACCAGAGACGGAGUGCCCAAAUGUGUACGUUCACCAGGCGGUGGGCACGCGGUUCAUCAUCCUGCGACCCACUAGUGAGUGCCGGCACCGCUGUCGCACCCUGUCUUUGCGACUUACCCAGUCCUUUGUGCUCAGCUACAAUUGGUUGUACUGGAAACCGAUCUCUGCGCCGGAUCCCAUAUCGGAAUCGAUGUCCAUUAGCCUGAUUGGCUCCUAUUGCUAAAGGAUCAAGAUUCUGAUCCUAUUCCCACUUCCCUCGCUCCUAGCUUUAAGCGCCAUAUAUACACACACAUACACAAACGACUUUUACCAAGCCAAAAUUAAUUUACGAAUUUUGCCGUUCCAUUGGAUAAGCAAGCAAAAAAAAAAACUAAAGAAUAGUAAGGAAGGAAGCUUAAAGCUGCCUUUGCCCUUUUAUUUUUUAGACCCUAAGGCCACCGGCUCAAUUCGUCGCCCUGUGUAAUCCUCAAGCCCUAGAUCGUAAGCCUUAGUUUAGUUUAACAGUUAACAAGCUCCUGGCCGCCGCGCUUCAUCCUUGUGUUCGUCGUUCUAACCAUUUUGCAUUUACAACUCUCGGCUCUAAGUUAUGUUCACAUCAACUAGCGUAGCCAACGGAAAGCGAUUUUGUAAAUAUCCAUUGCCAGACUUGAGUUUGACUUUGUGUUUUUGCAACAACUCACGAAAUAAAAGAUACCCAAUAUACACGUAAAAAUAUAUUUGUGAUUAGUUUGCCUUUGUA